AUGGAGUAUAUCCCGGGUAUCUUAUGUCUCUACGCAGGAAAGAUUGUAGAAUAUACGUUGGGUUCAGUAUGCGGCUGUUACAUCAACGACUUUACUUCGAAAUUUCAAGAUGCUAAAGAAAAAUUGGAAUUGACUCGAGAGAAUAUGAAGGAGCAAAUCAGAGAAACCACUAAUGGGACUGAAAAUUUUGAGCCAGCUUUUCUGAAACACGUUGAGAAUUUGUUGAAAGUUGCUGAAAAAGUCUUAGAAGAAGUGCAAUUUCUGGAAGAAAGAAUUUCAAAUGUAAACAAGAGCUAUUUCAGAAGGCAGCGUCUAUAUUUUCUUGCAAAAGAAAUAGAAAGAGAAACAGAUAAAAUGUUUGAGCUCCUCUAUUUUACGAAGAUUGAAUCACUCUCCAGGAUUACUGAACUCUCUAAUGAUUUGGGUGCAUUCAAAUCUACUGAAGAAGCUUACACCGAGAUUUUGGCAGCAUUAAAGGAUAGAAGUGUUUCUAUGAUUGGACUCGUUGGAGUAGGAGGCUCAGGAAAAACUAGCUUGGCAAAAGAAAUCGGUAAAAAAGCUGAAGAGAUGAAACUCUUUGAGAAGGUUGUCAUGGCAACGGUGUCUCAACCUAUAAAUAUCAGAAGCAUCCAAGAUCAGAUUGCUGAUCAAUUGGGCUUCAAGUUAAUGGAAGAAUCAGAUAUAGGUAGAGCACAGAGACUAUCAGAGAGGUUAAGAAAAGGUACAACUUUUCUAAUCUUGGAUGAUGUAUGGGAAAAACUAAACUUUCAAGCUUUAGGUAUUCCAUUUGAUAACAGUAAAGCUUGUUGCAUAUUCCUAACAACUCGGAGUAGAGAAGUAUGCACUUCUAUGAAAUGUCAAAAUAUAAUUGAACUUAAUGCCUUGACUGAAGGGGAAGCUUGGGCUUUGUUCACAUUUCAUGCAAACAUAAGUAAUGACUCCCCAACAGAUUAUAAUGCAAGAAGAAUUGUUAGUGAAUGUAACGGAUCGUCUACUGCAAUUGUGACUAUAGGAAGCACUCUAAAAGGGAAAACUUUUGAAGAGUUUCAGUUAGCACGGCUCAUGCUACAACAGUCCAAACAACUUGAUAUUCCAAAAGGAUUAACAAGUCAUCAAGUUUGUCUUAAAUUGAGUUAUGAUAAUUUGACAAACCAAUUAGCCAAAUCCUUAUUAUUGUUGUGUUCAAUAUUUCCAAAGAAUCAUGAAAUUGAUUUGGAGGAUUUAUUUCGAUUUGGAAGAGGAUUGGGCGUAAUUUGGAGAUUUGGAACAAUGGAGAAAGAAAGAAGGGUGAUGCAUGCAGCUAUUAACAUCCUUAAGAAUUCUUAUAUGUUGACGCAGGUCAAAGAAAAAGAAAAGAUGAAAAUGCGUGAUUCGAUUCGUGAUUUAGCCUUGUGGAUUGCAAAAGCUGAAAGUGGUCAAGCAAUUUUGACAAGUACUGCAGUGGAUCCAAGAGUGUUGGUAGAUGAUGAAGUCACGAAAGAUAAGAAUGUAAUAGCUUUAUGGGAUAUGACAAAUGGUCAACUUCUCAACUAUGAAAUGAAUUGUCCAUCACUUGAAGUUCUCUUGCUUCAUUCUCCAGAGGUUGGUUUUACAAUAUCAAAUGCUUUUCUGGUAAGGUUGAAAAUGCUUAAACUUUUGGCAUUCUUAACAUUUGAAUAUAGGUGGAAGUUGCCUUUGGAGACAGAAACUCCAUUAUGGUACACUUCGCCACUAUCACAAUCAAUUGAGUCAUUAAAAAAUCUCAAUACUCUCAGCUUCAGAGGUUAUAAAUUAGGUGACAUCUCAGCUUUGGUAAGUCUACAAGCUCUUGAGAUUCUUGACUUGCGUGGUUCUUCUUUUAAAGAAUUGCCUAAUGGAAUAGUAGCAUUACAGAAAUUGAAACUCCUAGAUUUGUACUGCUGUUUGAUUGAGAAAAAUAAUGCUUAUGAAGUUAUAGGAAGAUGUUUGCGGCUAGAGGAAUUGUAUUUGCAUUUGUUUCCAUCAAAAAAGAAGUUUCCACAUGAUGUCUCUUUCUCGAGAUUGCAGAGGUAUGUUAUAAUACAAUAUCGCUCUGAAUCAUGUCCACAUUACAUGCACGCUGAUGUUUUGGAAAAGCAUAGACCAUCUAGAGCUCUAUGCAUAGAUGGUUUCAAUGCCUCUACUCAAACUUUCAUAUCAUUACCAAAUAAGAAUCUCUUUCUGAGGGCAGUGUACCUUCAUUUGAAGUACAUUGAGGGAGGUUACAAAAAUGUAAUCCCAUCCAUGCGUUCACAAGGCAUGAAUCAGAUUGUUGCCCUAAUCCUUGAACAUUGUCAUGAUAUUGAAUUCCUCUUUGAUGGUACGGCCAUUACAAACAACAAUGUUGAUAUGCUUCAUACCAAAACUGUAUUUUCCAACCUAGGUACCGUAAGGUUGCAUCAGAUGCAAGGCCUUCAAGAAGUCUUUCAUGACCCUUCUUCGCAAUGCUCUUUGGAAAAAUUAAAAGAGCUAAGCAUAGAAAGUUGUAACCAGUUAUCAAACAUAUCCUUCCCAAAGAACUCAAAUCUAUGCAGUCUAAAGGAGUUAAGAAUAAUAAGUUGCCCAGUACUAACUUCUCUCUUCAUGCCAUUCAUUGCCCAAACUCUAAAGCUGCUGGAGGUUCUGCAAAUACUUGAAUGCAGUGAAUUGAUGCACGUAAUUGCAGUGGCAGAAGGCAAUGAUGAUUAUGUUCGCACUCAAUAUCAUACAUAUUUGAUGCUCCCAAAGUUAAGGAUUAUUGAGAUUGAAGGAUGUCACAAGUUGAAAUAUAUAUUCCCUGCGUGUUUUGGAAGACUACCAAGUUUGGAAAGGCUUAUCACUAAAAAUUGUGACAAGUUGAAGUAUGUAUUUGGCACUGAAAAAGAACACCAUCUUUCAAUGUAUCAUGAGUAUCCAGAUUUGCUUAAUUUGGAAGUUCUCAUGUUAGUUUCCUUACCUAACCUGGUUGACAUUUGGCCUUCUCAUUGUCAUCCACGUUUACCAAAUUUGAAAGAGUUACAAUGCAUUGAAUGUUCAACAUUGUCUAACUCUUCUUUGAGGAAGAUGGCGAUUGAUUCAGGUCUACACCACCAAGGCACAACUGCAAUGGUAAUAUGUUAUUUGAAAUUCAUGUUUCAGAAGUCUAAAUUGUUAAGAUCUGCCCUCAAAUUCACAAAGCUUAUAUUUUCUGAUCUUGGAGUAAAAUGCCUUUUUCAAUUCCAAAUUGGAGAACCUGGGACCAAUAGAGAACUACCCUUAAAGUUAUCUACUCUAAAAUUGCUGGAUCUACCACAACUCAAAUUCAUAUGGAAAAGCCCCACAAAUUUUCUGAGCCUUCAACUGCUUCAAUUAAUCUAUGUGGAUGGAUGUCCAAAAUUGAAAUCCAUCUUCUCCCCUACCAUUAUAAGAAGCUUACCAGUGUUGAGACAACUAGAAAUACUCAAUUGUGAGGAAUUAGAGCACAUAUUUGCUUCAGGGGAUGCACAAGAACUCAAAAGUCUAUUUACUUGUUCCCAACAAGUGUGCUUCCCUAAACUGGAGCAGAUCAAAGUUCAAACGUGCAACUUGUUGAAAUUCCUUUUUCAUAAUUUUGAGGCUGGCCAUUUUCCCAGUCUAAGAAUUUUGGAAAUACUGCAAUGCUCUCAAAUAGAGAAGUGUUUUUCUUUUGAAUCUGAAGCUGAUAUUGAUGGUAAAGUGGGGAGGGACAAAGAUAGCAAACAAGUUCUGCUACAGAACCUGAGAAAUAUAAUUCUCAUACAUUUGCCAAACUUCAAAGAGAUUCACCAUGGAUUUCAGUUAAAAGAUGAUGUUUAUUGGACCAUAAAGGAUUGUCCAGAAUACUCUCCAAUUAUGGGUAACAUUCUGAUAAUCUCAUGUCUUACUUUUAGCCACAAUUACUAUUUUUGUUUUGGACAGCCACAAUUACUAAAUUCUAUUUUAUUAUGA